GUCAUAUCCUCCUUUGAUGAUUUCAAAAGGAAAAUUGUUACCGAAAUGGGGUUUGAAGGUUUACUGAAAUUUCCCUUGCUGAACAAAUUGAACUUGAAGUUUUCAGUGUGGUUACUGAGCAAAAUUGAUGAGAUUAGACGUAUGAUAAUUAUAGAUGAAAGUAGGCAGUACAAAAUGAGCCCUAAAGAUGUGAAAAACGUUUUCGGCAUCCCAUGCUCGGGAAGGAGGGUCCUAGAAAAGAUUUCUGAUGGCAAGCAGGGCAUAGUUUAUUUGAUUAGGAAGCGUUUAGGCAUGGAGAAGAAGGAUGGUCAUAGCCUCAAGGCUGCACAAAAAAUACUAGAGAAGCAGUAUAGGAACCCAAUGUCACAAGAGGAAAUAAAAGUGUUCAAGACAGCUUUUAUCAUCUUCAUAGUUGGGCAUCUACUUGCACCUACUAGCAAGCACGAUUACGGCACCUUUGCGUAUUGGCACGCACUAGAAAACACCGAUGACUUACAGUGUUGGAACUGGGGAGAAUUUGUCCUCGAUGCACUUUGUCAAGCAGCAACGAGGAUAAAGAAUGAGUUGAGCAAUGGGAGCAACAUAAGCUACAUAACAGGAUGUACAUUGUUCUUACAGGUUUUCUAUCUGGACAAUGCCGACCUUGGACCGAUGAACAUGGACCAUGGUAUUCCAAGGAUAUCAAUAUUCAACAAUGAUAUACUGAAAAACAUGAUUCAGUCUGACACGAAAGUAAUGGGCGAAAGAUCUGAGGCUACAUUCGGAAAAUCGUUGGUUAGUUAUCACUCUCUCGAAUUGGCAAUUUAG